GACCCCGGUAGCAUUUUAAUAAUCUUUGUUUCCUAUUUGGGUAAUAGUUUUGAUCUCAAAUUAGAGCAGCAAUGUCCCAUAUGCCAACCUUUAAGGGUGUAUAGGCGGCGGAUUGCUACUUCUCCAUCAGUUUGAGAGUCUUGGCAGAAUACAUAUUGUGUUGUCCGUCAUACACCACACUUUCUUUGCGACAUUGAGGAACCAGUCUUUGCAAGGUAUCUUCUACUGUUAUUAAUUCUGAACUCCAGAGCACAGGGGAUUUGUUUUGGUUUUAGGUCACUCACAGCAUAACAACCUUUUAAAAGCCUUGAUUUCACUUCCUACUGUUCGUUUUUGGAUGAUACCUUGCAACAAAACAUCAUGGAAUUCGCAAUUGACCUCCCGAAGAACUAUCAACCCCCAUCACUUAUACAGGGACCUCUUUUCCCGCCUCUACAAUACAAAACUCUAGGUCAGCUUCUGGACGACCAGGCAUUGAAACGACGCGAGAACGAGUGUAUUAUAUGCCCCACCUCAGGUACGCGAUGGACUUACAACACUCUUCGUGACGAAAGUCUACAUAUCGCCCAAGGACUCCUUGCAUACGGCAUUAAAUCUGGUGAUAGAGUCGGAAUCUUGGCUGGAAAUUGUGCGGAAUAUAUUGCUGUUUUCUUUGCUACGGGUUACAUUGGAGCAAUACUUGUGGUAUUGAAUAAUACCUAUACAAAGCAGGAGGCGAAGUAUGCUUUGGAGCAUGCAGGUGAGUACUUGGAAGGAUAAGCUGAACCUUUGACUGACACUCUGGCUAGGGUGUAAAAUUCUCUUUACUGUUCCAAAGUUUGGACGUGUGAGCCUCCGAGAGCUUCUGAAUGAGCUUGGCCCAAGGCCAUAUGAAUCGGGGAGAUCAAAGUCGCUCAUGAACGUCAUUAUGCUACGGCAUACCUUGGGUGGAUUCUUGACUUAUGCCCAUGUUAAAAAAGAAGGCAAGAGAUUUGGACCAGAUCCUUUGAUGAGAGCUAGAGUAGCCGUGUAUCCCGAUGAUACUUGCAAUCUUCAGUUUACGAGUGGCUCAACUGGUAAUCCCAAAGCUGCAAUGUUAACACAUUUGUGAGUCUUCCUGUAGUCGAUAUGAAAAUACAAAACUAAUCAGAGGCAGCAAUCUAAUAAAUAAUGCGACAUCAAUUGGUUCUCGUCUAGAUUUCACAGAAGACGAUAUUCUCUGUUGCCCACCGCCACUCUUCCAUUGCUUUGGGCUUGUUCUCGGUGUGCUGGCAGUCAUCACGCAUGGUGCCAAAAUUGUUAUUCCCUCAGAGACCUUCGACCCAAAAGCAGUACUGCAUGCUCUUUCAGAAGAAAACUGCACUGCACUCCAUGGGGUUCCUACCAUGUUUGAAGAAGUUCUGAAUUUGCCAAGACCUGAUGGAUGGAGCUGCGACAAUCUACGAACAGGUAUUAUUGCAGGUGCACCUGUCCCGAGACCACUGAUGAGAAGGCUGUUGAGUGAGCUUAAUAUGACUGAAUUCACCAGCAGUUAUGGUAAGUUCCACACUCACGGAUUAUCUAAUUUUACUUGCUAAAAGUCUUUAGGGUUGACGGAAGCUUCUCCAACUUGCUUCAAUGCUUUUACCAGUGAUACAAUUGAUACUCGUCUCACUACCGUUGGAAGACUUCUCCCUCAUCUGAAAGCAAAGAUUAUAAAUCGCGAAGGCAGUAUCGUACCACAAGGCUCAAGGGGUGAACUUUGUAUUGCCGGAUACUCUCUCCAAAAGGGAUACUGGAACAACUCGGAGAAGACUAACGAAGUUAUGAAGAGGGAUGAAAAUGGUGUACUAUGGUUACAUACCGGUGAUGAGGCUUCUUUUAAUGAGGAUGGAUAUUGUACCAUCACUGGGAGAUUUAAAGACAUCAUAAUCCGAGGUAAUUGAAGAAUCUGUCAUAGAGCUCCAAGAAUCAGUUACUGACCUCCAAUUGAUAGGUGGCGAAAACAUAUAUCCAGUCGAAAUCGAAGUUCGACUUUGCGAACACCCAUCGGUUGCCCGCGCUGUCGUUGUAGGCAUUCCGGAUCAAAAAUAUGGAGAAGUGGUAGCCGCUUUCCUCCAAUAUACUGAUGCUCCAUCUCCGUCGAAAGAAACGCCUAGCGACGAAGAAAUUCGCGGUUGGACUCGUCAAGUUCUGGGAAGGCACAAGGCACCUGUUUAUGUCUUUUGGUUUGGAAAGGAGGGCGCACCAGUUGAAGUUCCUCAGACUGGAAGUGGCAAAGUGAAGAAACCAGAUCUGAGAUUUCUAGGAGUGAAAAUUGUCAGAGAAAGAGCUGGGUCUACUAUAAAAGCGAAACUUUGAAGAUGAUAAAAAUAUGGUCGUGUAUAGAAAGAGUUAUUUGUUCGUAUUGGAGCUUGGAGUUUAUUUUUUUGUUUCGACACCUGAAAGCCAUUAGAGGUAGAUUCAACAUGGUUAGAGCUUAUUCAUAAAACAAUAGUAUAAUUCCUUAGGAAACAAUAUCCAAUGCUCAAAUUAACUCCAAAAUAGCAAGCAUAUCAACACAUUUUCCACCACUCAUAACUUCGAUCCUCUACUAGCUUGAUACCACUUAUCUGCCUCCUCCAAGCUCCUUCCGCCGUCCCACUCAAAUGGACACAAACUAAAGAACUUCUCCCUCGAACACUUCACAAACGCACUUCUCUUAUGUGGGAAAUCCACAAAUUUCUCCACCGCGAAUCCAUGCGCAAGAUCGUACGCCAGAACCCGACUAUUUGUGGCCCUUGGCUCUCCAACCACACAAGUUGUUCUAGGAUCAUCGAGGAAAAUGUAAUGUAUCAAGCUUGACCACCAUGCACUGACACGAUGUGGUCCUCGGUAUCGGAUAUCACCAACGAGGGAGUGGCGUCCGCGAUCGAAGUCUCCUGCAUUGUAGUAGGCUCCUAGUGUAUCCUC